UAGGCUGUGUCUCUCUCCCUUGCUCUACCAGUCUGAGGACCAUCCAUGCUGCCCCCAGAGCCUUGACAGCUCCUGAACAGAUUCCAGGCAAGAGAAACUGAAAGGAUCUCCUUUUAGCCCCUACUUUUGACUAGGGCCUUCUGCAUCACUUGCUGAGGCCUACCCUCUGAAGAGGACAAACCGCAAGAAGUACUACUACGAAGCUAUCUUUCUGGCCAUCAUUCAGAAAAACAGAAAGAUGGCCAAGGAAAGGGGACUAUUAAGCCCUGAAGACUUUGCCCAGCUGCAAAAAUACAUGGAAUACUCCAACCAAAAGGUCAGUGAUGUCCUAAAACUCUUCGAGAACGAGAAGAUGGCCAAAUAUCUCCAAGGAGAUGCCAUUGGCUAUGAGGGAUUUGAGCAAUUCCUGAAAAUCUAUUUGGAAGUGGAUAAUGUUCCCCAUCACCUAAGCCUGGCACUGUUUCAUUCCUUCCACACUGAUCACUGCUUAAAAGAGAAUGUAAGGAAAGCAAAUGUGGUAUGUCUCAGUGAUGUCUCCUGUUACUUUUCCCUUCUGGAGGGUGGCCGGCCAGAAGAUAAGCUAGAAUUCACCUUCAAGCUGUAUGACACGGACGGAAAUGGGAUCCUGGACAGCUCAGAAGUGGAAAGAAUCAUACUCCAGAUGACACGAGUGGCUGAAUAUCUGGAUUGGGAUGUGUCAGAGCUGAGGCCGAUUUUUCAGGAGAUGAUGAAAGAGAUUGACUAUGAUGGCAGUGGCUCUGUCUCCCUAGCUGAGUGGGUCCGAGCUGGGGCCACUACGGUGCCGCUGCUAGUACUGCUGGGGCUGGAGAUGACUCUGAAGGAUGAUGGGCAGCACAUGUGGAGACCCAAGAGAUUUCCCAGACCAGUCUACUGCAACCUGUGCGAGUUGAGCAUUGGUCUUGGCAAACAGGGGCUGAGCUGUAACCUCUGUAAGUACACUGUUCACGACCAGUGUGCCAUGAAGGCCCUGCCUUGUGAAGUCAGCACCUAUGCCAAGUCUCGGAAAGACAUUGGUGUCCAAUCACACGUGUGGGUGCGAGGAGGCUGUGAGUCCGGGCGCUGUGACCGCUGUCAGAAAAAGAUCCGGACCUACCACAGUCUAACCGGGCUGCAUUGCGUAUGGUGCCACCUAGAGAUUCAUGAUGACUGCCUGCAAGCCGUGGGUUCUGAGUGUGACUGUGGGCUGCUCCGGGAUCACAUCCUGCCUCCAUCUUCCAUCUAUCCCAGCGUCCUGGCAUCUGAACAGGAACGCAAACACAGCAAAACAAGCCAAAAGACCACUGAUGACUCAAAUUUGUGCAUCUCUGAAGCUCUGCGGAUCAACCCUGUUUCUAACACCCACCCACUUCUAGUCUUUGUCAAUCCCAAGAGUGGUGGAAAGCAGGGACUGAGGGUCCUUUGGAAGUUCCAAUAUAUACUAAACCCUCGGCAGGUGAUCAACCUCCUAAAGGAUGGUCCUGAACAAGGGCUCAGAUUCUUCAAAGAUGUUCCUGACAGCCGUAUUUUGGUGUGUGGUGGAGAUGGCACAGUAGGCUGGAUUCUAGAGGCCAUUGACAAAAUCAACUUGCCUGUUGUACCUCCUGUUGCUGUGUUGCCCCUGGGCACUGGAAAUGAUCUGGCUCGUUGCCUAAGGUGGGGAGGAGGGUAUGAAGGAGAGAAUUUGGCAAAGAUUCUCAGGGAAUUAGAGAUGAGUACGGUGGUAUAUAUAGAUCGAUGGUCCCUGGAAGUGAUACCCCAACAAACUGAAGAAAAGACUGAUCCAGUCCCCUUUCAAAUCAUCAAUAACUACUUCUCCAUUGGUGUGGAUGCUUCUAUUGCUCACCGAUUUCACAUCAUGCGAGAGAAAUAUCCUGAGAAGUUCAAUAGCAGAAUGAAGAACAAGCUAUGGUACUUCGAAUUUGCCACAUCUGAAUCCAUCUUCUCAACAUGCAAAAAGUUGGAGGAGUCUUUGACAGUUGAGAUCUGUGGGAAACCGCUGGAUCUGAGUAACAUGUCCCUAGAAGGCAUCGCAGUGCUGAACAUACCUAGCAUGCACGGUGGCUCCAACCUCUGGGGUGAUAUCAAGAGACCCCAUGGGGAUAGCUGUGAGAUCAACCAGGCCUUGGGCACAACAGCUAAAGUCAUCACUGACCCUGAUAUCCUGAAAACUUGUGUACAAGACCCAAGUGACAAACGACUGGAAGUAGUGGGGCUGGAGGGUGCAAUUGAAAUGGGCCAGAUCUAUACCAAGCUCAAGAGUGCUGGACAUCGGCUGGCCAAGUGCUCUGAGAUCACCAUUCACACCAUAAAAACCCUCCCCAUGCAAAUUGACGGGGAACCCUGGAUACAGACACCCUGUACAAUCAAGAUCACGCACAAGAACCAGAUGCCCAUGCUCAUGGGCCCACCACCCCGCUCCUCCAAUUUCUUUGGCUUCUUUUCUUGUCCCACUUAGCCUCCAACCUAGCCUUGAAUCCACCUCCCUGUCCCUGAAUUCCACCCCCUAGGCUCUGUACAUUGCUGCCACAUCCUCCUGCUAGUUCAGGGGAGUAUUCCUUUGCCCCCACAGUAUUUAUUAUCCUGAUUCACCUGUCCCCCACCCACAUACAUAUAUGCACAUACACCACACAUAUGUUAAAAGUGCCUCUUCUAAAUAAAGUGACUUUUAUUUUACUGGG